AUGGGCACUUUCGAUGAGCUCGAUGAUGAACAAAGGAUCAGCAUCGCUAACGAACACCCCACCGAUCUCGAGUCGGGGCCUUCCACUCCGUCCUCCCCCCCAAGCUACCUUCGUCCCCGCCGUCAGAGCAAAUCAACAUCUCGCCACCGCUCACAUACUACCACAGAUGGAGGCUCGAGUAGCCACCUCCUCGCCCGUCUCAUCGCCCGUGACGAUGAGGUUCGUGAAAUCAAUGCCCUUCUCGUCGUUACUUCUGAACGCCUUGAGACCGAAUCUAACCGGGCUAACACCUCAGAGCGCCGUGCGCUUGAGUACUUCAACCGAUUACGCCAGGCAACCGAAAAUCGUGAGCGUGCUGAACAGGAUUCAGCCCGUCUUCGCGAGGAGUUGAAGCUGUACAAGCUCCAGCUCGAAAACGCUCAAAAGGAGAUUUUUCGGGCUCAGGAUAUUAUUAACCAGGUUUCUGCGCAGAAGAAUGAAGCCGAGGCAGAGGCUGCAAGAGCGAGGACUAAGGCGAGGAAGUUGCAGGAAGAGAAAAUGAUGAUGAUUGCCCACGAGGAAGGCAGGCGGCGUGGAUACAAGGAGGGCCUAUCAAUCGGACGUCGGCUCGGUUUCGACCAAGGAAGCACCACGAUAAGAUAUGACGAAGAUCCGGCCCGACGAACGCAUCGGCCUGCCGUCCGACAAGACGAAGGAGAUGAAGAAGAGGAAGACGAGUCGGUUCACUCUGAACGUAAUCACGUACGCUUACAAUCACGGGCGCCCCCACGGUCUUCAAGACACGUGCGCCCGGAGUCUGCUCCACCGGUUGGGACGUACGAGGCUGCGCCACAUGUGCCUGUUUUACCAGUUCCAAUACUAGUGAACCCAGUCCAGCCCCCUUCUCCGCCAGGGAGAAUUACUACGCCCUCACAUUCGACGGGUCCUCCGGGGGAGACUAUUUACCCCACACCAAUGCGCCCAGCGACCAGUCACUCAGUUAACGUUCCUCAAGAUAGUUGGAUCCAGCGAGCGGACCCACAAACAUCUUAUACUCCAAUCCCACCACCACGCGACCUCAUUCGGCCCAUGGCCCCUAGCUCUAGCACGCAAUCCAACGAACUAGACAACCACUCACGACACAAUUCUUUGUAUGACGUCGGGGACUCAAACUACGCUCUUGUGAGAACCCGUGAUUACCCCUCUACUCAACCUGCCCCGAUUCCUGUCCCAAGACCACGUUCUCCAUCCCUAUUAUCGCGGUCAUCGACCCAUAUGUCUCAAUACGAGCUUGUAAGCGCCCCCGCCGAAAGACAUGGAAGCUCCCUUCGUCACGAGAUGUCUUCUACUCAUGAUAGGAGCGGAAGUCAGCCUGAACGACAUACGUCAUCCCGCGGUGGAUAUGGACACGAGAGAAGUCGGAGGGAGGAUUUAAUAGAACAAUGGCGUGCAGACCCAGAAGUUGUCGCUACGGCAACUCCUGGGACGGCCGUAAGAGAUUUUCAACCCAUGCCACCUGGACCUUACCGUCCCAUCAUGCCCGCCCCGCCUGCUGAUUCACGUCCUUCAAGUCGAGUAGACUCUCACACAUCACACGUUACUUCCCAGAAAAGGAGUCCACCACGAUCAAGAAAUCCGCUCGACUACUUCAACAUCAGGCAACGUUUCCAAAACCGACAGUCGUCAGCCGCAAGCGUUCCGAAUAUAACUGUAGAACCACCUUCCGAUGAGGCUUCGACCCCAUCCGAGCACACACACAACUCCCACCUUGAGCUACUAAGCCCAGAAUCCGCACAUCGGCCUCUCCCCCCAUCUCACGAAGAGCGCUCCCGGUCCGAAAGUCAAUCACAAGACGCUCACAGCAUCUACCGCUCAACCACGCCCGUGAAACCUCAGUGGCCAGCAGGGUUCAUGUCCAUCCCAGGAGCACCGCCAUCGGACUCCCAACAUCCUCGCUCAAGAAGUCGAGGACCCGAUGAACAUUACCAGAUGUCGCCAAUUCCUGAAGGGAUCACGUACCCUGACACGCCGCUGCGUGCGCAGUCAUCUCACGGACAUCGUCGCUCGCAAGAGUCACAUUACCGCCCACAAGAGUCACAUUACCGUCCGCAAGAGUCUGAACGAUCGAGCUCGCCUGCACCUCUGCAAAGACCGAUAUCACUUUUCUCUGACCAGGAUGGGUAG